AUGGUUAAUUUCUCCCAAAGAUUGGGCAAGCUCUCUCCGUAUCCGUUCGUCGAGAUAUCGCGCAUCAUUGCCGAGAAGCGGGCCGCCGGAGUGGACGUGGUGACGUUUGGAAUCGGAGACCCCGACAUUCCUACGCCGCAGCACAUCAUCGACCGCCUGUUGACCGCCUCUGAAGACCCGUCCAAUCACCGCUACCCGGAGACGGACGGCCUGCCCGAGAUGCGCCGGGCGAUUGCUCAUUGGUACAGACAACGAUUCGACGUUGACCUUGAUCCCGACACCGAGGUAUUGCCGUUGAUCGGCGCCAAAGAAGGCAUCGGACACGCGGCUUUUUGCUUCCUGGAUCCCGGGGAUAUUGCGCUGGUGCCCGACCCGGCCUAUCCAGUUUAUUCGGUCGGAACCAUGUUCGCCGGCGCAGAGAGCUACGUUAUGCCGCUGUACGAACGUAACGGAUGGCUGCCCGAACUGGACGCCAUCCCCAAUGAUGUCGCGCGCCAGGCCAAGGUUAUGUGGCUGAACUACCCCAACAACCCGACCAGUGCGGUGGCGUCCCAGGAAGAUCUGGAAUCUGCGAUGCGCUACUGCCGGGAGCACGAUAUCGCGUUGCUGCACGACGCCGCUUACUCCGAGGUUGGCUACGAAGGAUACCGGGCCGGCAGCCUGUUGCAGAUCGACGGGGCUAAAGAUGUCGGGCUGGAGUUCCACUCCCUUUCCAAAACCUACAACAUGACCGGAUGGCGUAUGGGCAUGGCCGUAGGCAACGCCGACAUGAUAAAAGCCUUGUUCCAGAUCAAAGCCAACCUGGACUCAGGGGUACCGCAGGCCAUCCAGGAGAUGUCGAUUGAGGCGCUGACGGGCUCUCAGGACUGUAUCGACGAGAAUGUGGCCAAAUACACCUGGCGCCGCGAUCGGGUGCUCCAGGCCCUGACCCGCAUGGGCCUCAAGGUGGACGUACCACGGGCCAGCCUCUACAUUUGGGCGCCGGUUCCGGAGGGGUUUACCUCCGCCGAGUUCGCAGCUCGCCUGCUGGAAGAGACCGACAUCGUCGUCACCCCCGGGUCGUCCUACGGGCAAUAUGGCGAGGGCUACAUCCGAUUGUCCCUGACCACCCCGGACGAACGCGUAGAGACCGGGUGCCAGCGGUUGGAGAACUGGGUCAUCCCGUCUCCCACCCUCAGAACCUGA